GUAAGCUUCUCUCCUGAUGGUACUACUUUAGCAUCUGGCAGCUAUGAUAAAUCUAUCCGCUUAUGGAAUGUUAAUACAGGAUAAUAAAUUGAAUCCUAGAAUAAAAACUAUUAAGAAAUUUUUGGAUAAUUUCCUACCGUUCUACUUUCAAAAAAUUUUCUUCCAAAAGAAGGUAUUUAUUUAUCUUAUAUCUAGUUAACACAAAUGUUACAAUACUUUGUAUAUCCCAAGUAUCAAAAUUUUAAGCAUAAGAUGCUUUAAUCUUAAAAGGAGAAAUUGUAAGUUAAUUAGGAAUAGAUUUACGAUCAUUACUAAAAUCUAAAGGAUGUUUCUUUUUAGAAAAUCUUACAGGAGAAAAGUUAAAGUAGAAUUGAUUAUUUAUGA